ACGAGCGAGAGGGUCGGGGGGAGAUACAGCGAGUGAGAGAGGGGAAAGGGGUCUGGGUUAGGUGCCCAGUGUGAAUGACCUGGCUCGGGUUACAUUACGUCUCGAGGUGAGUUCCUAGUGAAGAGGCGCAUACGUUCGGAGUCGUCGAAGAUGAGGGGCGCCAAUCAGGACUCCUCGACUCCGUACUGUCGAUGUCGUGUCCUCUAUCUCGGCAGCUCGGUACCUCACACCAGCAAAGAGGGUCUCCUCGGUGUCCAGGAACCGCUCAGCGAGCUUUAUCCGGAGCAGGGUGCGUUAGGUGCGCGUGGCAUCGACUCCUGGCUCAGCGUAUGGAGCAACGGCCUGCUCCUCGAGAACGUGGACGAGCAUCGCAAAAAGGUCACGCGCUUCUUCCCCAUCGAGGCUCUCCACUAUUGCGCGGCCGUUCGACACGUAACCUCGGCCAAGCGUUUCUUCCCUCUGGACUCGCCAUUCGCGCGCAUACCCAGUGCCAACCGACCACCGUUGUUUGCCGCCGUCCUUCGCAGGACCACCGGCAUCAAGGUCCUCGAGUGCCACGCCUUCAUCUGUAAGCGCGACAUGGCCGCGAACGCUCUAGUGCGCUGCUGUUUCCACGCUUACGCCGACAGCCGCUUCGCCAAGGGCCUCGAGCCCAAUGGUAACGGUGCCAGCACCCCGACCAACAACCAAUCGACCAGCAGCCUUUAUCACACCCUCGGGGGCUCGAGCACGACCUUGGCCGAUAACAGCGGCAGCUCGCCGAGUUCGAAGCUCGAGACGGGCUCGAACGACGACGUGGGCAGCCUCUACAACGGUGACGAAAAUCAUAAGGUUUGGGCCCGGGGCAGGGACGACAUCGACGGCCUCUACCAGGAACAGGGCACACUACGCAGCACAAAGGGUUCGAGACCCCGUCAACUAAUAGCCCCCCAGCCCCCACCACCGCCACCGCCCACGCAACCCCUCAUGAUCGAUGAGUCUAAUACGUCGUCCAGCCGCAAGAAGGCCAGCAAGAAGCUCAAGAAGCUCAAGAACCGCACCCUCCACGACGAUCAGAUGCAACAGCAUCUCUACGCGCAACAAGUCCAGCAGCAGCAGCAGCAGCAGCACCAUCACCAUCACCACCAAGCGACCAUUUACGCGAACGGCCACGGACAUCACACCCUCGGGCAUCCGAUUCCGAGACAACAGCAACAAACGCAGCAGCAACAGCAACAACAACAUCAGCAGCAGCAGCAGCAGCAACAACAACAACAACAACAACAGCAGCAGCAGCAGCAGCCGUUAUCCCAUCAUGGUUACCAUCCACAUCAAAUGGCACCGGGCAGUCGUUCGGUCGCCGGAACCCUGGCGAGACCGGCUCCGGUUCUUCUCGUGCCGGCGGCGACCCUACCCCGCAAGGCCCACCAUCACCCUACCCGCGGCAUGAGGCCCAUCCCCGCGGCGGCACCCAUAGUACCGGUCUACGCACCGCUCCCGGUAGUCCCGGGACCCCCCUCGGCCUUGUUCCCGGGCGGUUACGGUACGACCGGGAACCGCGGCCGACGGCACCACCACCCCCAGGAUCCGAUGGACUCGAGCCUCUCCGUUCAGUCGAGGCGAAUGGCCGCCUCGCACGCGGAUCUUAGCGUAACCCCGUUGCCGUCCGAGGGGAUGCACUACAAUAAUCAUCGGAGCUCGGACAGUCCGGAGAACGAGUCUCGUUUCGGUACGGGAAUCUAUCGGCGUAAGGGUCACCUAAACGAGAGAGCCUUUUCUUACAGCAUCCGGGCGGAGCAUCGGAGCAGGAGCCACGGGAGCCUAGCCUCACUUGGCUUCGCCGGCGUACAACAAAAUGGCGGUCCGCCGGGCCUUCCGCCCAAGGAGGAGAAGAAGGAUCGCGAGAUCGCGCAGAUGGUCGCGGCACUGAGUCUGGAGGACGGACUGAUAUUGGACGCGCGCGGACACCUCGUGCAACACGCCAAGAACGGGAACGGAUACCACCCGCAACAGAAUCAUCAUCAUCAUCAACAUCAUAAUCAUCAUCAGCAACAGCAGCAGCAGCAGCAGCAGCAGCAGCAGCAACAACAAUUUAAUCAGCACCAGCAGCAUCCCCAGCCCCUGCCCAGACCCAGACCACGUUAAGCUGCUUAAUGCGCUUAAUGGGCGCGACGACGAUCGACUCCGAGCACUUUUACCAUUCAUUUGGCUCCCCCUCGUUAUUCGCAGGUUAUGUGUGCUUUUUUUUUCUUUUU